CCGCCCGGCGGCUUGCGAAAUCGCGUAACAAUUAGCUUAUCGCGGUAUAAUUUCGCAGUAUCAACAGCGAGUGGCGGAAUCGCGCGUCCGCCGCACUGUUCUAGCCGCCGCCGUCGAAGUUUGUUGUGAUUCGCACGCGUGUUACGGACGUUCUUUCCGCCCGCCGCCUCCGCUUGAUGACUAGCCGCCUCUCUCGGGCUCCAUUCGACGUCGCUUUUAUUCAGCCGCUAGUGCAAUCUUGCGAGCCGACAUCGGACCCGCGAAUUCGAUCGUCUUCCUCUUUCCGUCGCGUUCGUUGAGCCGUAAUAGAGCACUAAAGCUCGAUCGGAUGUCUCUUAACAACGCACCACGUCAGCCGCAAACCGCAACUAUACUUCAUUCUUCACUCGCAUUCUAUGGAUAAACUAUGUGUCGGGACUGUGAUUAAGAAAGAGAGAUAGAGGACAGGGAAAGAGAACGAUAACUUGGCCGGCUUGAUCGAUGGUACGCGCGUACUCGAUUUCGAUCAUCGAAAGACUGUCGCCCGUCGACGUGAACUUCCGCACGAAAAUCGAAUCUAGCGCUAUAGCGCAUUUAUCGGGUGUGCAGACCUCUGCAUCCGCCAUAUUGCCUCAUUCGAAUUUUCAAAAAUUCAAGACUUCCGACUUCGAGCUCGAGCGUCUCGGAAAAUUCCGUUUCUUUCUCUUAUUUUAUGUUUUUUAUACGGAGUGCGUUGUUUGUUUGCGGUUAUAGAGCGGCGCAGUAGAUCGUCGCGCGUUUGAGAGAGUUGUCCGCGGAUGUUUUACCACUGUGCUGCAUAUCGGCGUUAGAUAAUAGCGAAUAGCAUUUGGUCCCAGUGAUAUGGAGAAUUUCCGUCGGUGCGGACGAUGACAAAGUUUUAUUUAUAUUAUUAGCGGAGGAUCUCGUUCCAUACACAUACACACACACACACACAGAAAGUGAGACGAAUCGCGUUCCCGUUACCGCAAUUAAUUUCAAUCGAUCGUUUCGUCGCGCGCGCUCGCGACCUUAUCGCGCUCCCGUUAUCGCCGAAUUAUAAAGAGGGAAAAAACUACGCUCUCUCUCUUUCUCUCUCUCUCUCUCUCUCUCUCUUCAUCGUUACCGCAAUCUUUAUUUAAUUAACUUCACCGCUACUCAAUCCCCCGCGGUCACGCGAGAACGAAACAUUAAUGCGCGCAGAGUUGAGCCGUUUGAUGCUGUCCCGUGAGACGUUGCUGCGCUUUGUAAGAAUAAGGAUGUCGAGGCGGCUGAGUUUCUAUGGUCUGGUAGGCCUGGCGUCCGUCUGCAUCUUCUUCCUAGCGUUUAAUCAGCGCUACAGCAGCUACCUUGAGCAUCGACUGCAGCCGGUGAUAUCGGUCAGUAAAAAUUCGGAGGUGGGGAUUGCUCUAAAAUUGAGUCACGCCAAACACGCUCUUUCCGAUGGAUGUUGAAAUAAGGCCACGGACUACAAAAAUUCAAGAACCAGUAACGGUAAGCCAGGCGUACAUCACAGGAUCCGCGGACAAUUCAACGAUUAACGAGAUUCAAGAUGUGAUUGAUCAGCAAAGAAGGGCGAUUAAACGGGAUAUGGAAAAUUAUGAAUAUCCAAACGGAAAGUAUGGAAUAAACGUGAGCAAACUCGAAGAUCUAGUGAUGGAACAGGGAGGAAGACCCAUGAGGAGCAUAAUUCUGACAAGUUGGAGAAGUGGCAGCACGUUUCUCGGCGAUGUGGUGAAUGCACAUCCAGCGAAUUUUUAUCAUUAUGAGCCGCUGCUUGACUACGGAAUCGUACAGAUUAGAGGGCCGCCGCUCGCUGACGAAUCAUUAACGAAGAUAAUUUCUCUGCUGAAAUGUGAAUUCAAAGAACUCGAUCGAUACCUGAACUACGGAAAGACUCAUCCCUGGGUUUUCAACCACAACACCCACUUGUGGCGACAAUGCCAGGCGCAUAAACGUAUCUGCUGGGAUCCGCGUUUUGUAUCCAGAUUUUGCCGAUUAUUUCCUUUCCAGUCGAUGAAGCUUGUACGGUUGAGGCUGCGCGCGGCGGAAAAACUGCUGGCUGAGGAAGAUUUAGGAGUGCGAUUAGUCCUACUCAUCCGUGAUCCGAGAGGCAUCCUGCAAUCUAGAAAGCACAGAGAAUGGUGCCCCGCCAAACCCGACUGCUCCGAUCCGACUCUGGUUUGCGCAGAUAUGGUAUCGGAUUUUAUCGCAGCGGUAGAACUCUCGAAAAAAUAUCCGCAUUCAUUCAGAGUGGUACGCUACGAGGACCUAUCCGUGGACCCCUACAAACACGUGAAGGAACUUUACAAUUUCUACGGCUUGGACUUCCACGUGAACGUGAAGCGAUUUCUGGACACGCACACCAAGAACGACGUGGGUGGCGUAUCGAGCACCUUCCGAAAUUCCAAGGUCGCGCCGUUCCACUGGCGGGCGGAUUUGGACUUUGAGGAGGUGCGCGAGAUACAGAAGGCUUGCGCGACCGCCAUGCGACUGUGGGGAUAUGUGAUGGCCUCAAAUUCCACCCACCAGAAGGACUUCGAUCCUAUCACGGACUACCGGCUCCAGUUGUGACAACUGGCGGAUCGCAUGCUCAAUGUAGAUAUGAUGUAUAGCGUGUCGGUAUAGCGAACGAAAUUGCGACACACAGUACAUAGUUUGUUUAAAUAUGUACGGAAAAGGUGCUAGCGGCCAUUCAUAAGAGAGACGACGUAAUGAACGUAUGCACGAAUGUCGAUUAAUCGGAGAAGGCCACCAAGUUUUCAACUUUGCGAGACCAAUUAAGACGAACCGUUCUUUCUAAAACAGAUCGACGGAUACAGAGCUUGUUCGUAAUUUUUCGACCGUAUGACAGCCUAAUACGUUUUGAAUCGAGGAUAUGUUGGGCACGAAGGAUAUACACCAAGUUCCUGAGACCCUGGUGUGUCGGCGAAAAUCCAUUGUCUAUCCAUAUCGACGCAAGUGUCGUCGCGGAUGCAUUCGAAAUGUUUCUAAAGGCUGUGAAUUUUUCGGAAAGUUAUUUCGUGUCAUACGUGUACACUUGUAAGAUUGCAGUUCAUUAUUAAGAAACGGGGGGUUAAUGGCGAAGAGGGUAUUAAUCAUCGAUAAUUGUGACACCCGAAAUCUUUUUGCGCGAGUUUAUCGAGUCUUGCAACAUUUCGAAUCAUCGGCAACGUUGAGAAUCUUAUAUCUGCGCUACCUGACGGAAAAACUUUCCACCGACAACAUUCAAUGUGAUUCAUAGAGGAAAUGCGAUCGCGAUAUCAGUUAACUCGUUCACCCUAUGGAACAUUCGAAUAUUGAAUUUCUUGCUCAUGUCGGCGCCCGCGAUGUUUCAAGAACGAGAACGUGUCGAGAACGAGAACACCGAGUUUCCAUUCUACCGGCCUUCGUUCGACGCGGCCGACGAUCAUCGAGAAUACGGACGCGACCAACUUGCGCGAGCGCGUAAUUUUUAUAACGUACGACACGGUCGUAUAGCACUGCACAUUUUAGAUAUAUUAUAGAAUUAUAUCAUCGUGAGCUGUUUGCUGGCGAGACUUAGAUCAUAAGAUACCUUUUCGAAUCUUUACACGCUAUCGAUUAGCAGUCAGGACUGACAACCUGUCCGGUACACACUUCGUUAUGUAUUAUAGUGCAAUUACGUUACAUUAUAUAUGUGUACUCGCGCGAUUGUACUUCUCGCGUCCUUGCAUUGUACGCACCGGGCACUAUAUUAUCGUCUGCUCUCUGUGUGAAUCGAUCAAGAUUUAUUAUAAUGUGCAUUCACUUAAAAAUUUUAGUAUUAUAAUUUCGAUAGAUAUAUUAUUACCUUGAUAGUAUUAUUAUUAGAGUUUGGACAGUGAGGAGCUAAAAGCUGGGCAUUACAGUCAUGUUUGUGGCUAAAGGAUAAUUCCUGGUUAGAAUUUCACGUCCCUAAUUUUCACUCUAAUUAUCAUUUUCCUCGUUAUAUAAUCGUUAAAUAAUUAUUUUAUCGUAUACAUUGGGGAUGGGUCAAAACUUAAAAUCGAAACUUUAGAAGACCUCGAAACUCUUCAAACCUGAAAUGCUAAAACGGAUAAUUAUGCAUAAAAUGGAUCCAAUGCUUAAAAAUUAAUGUGUAUACAUAUGUGAUUGUAUAUAUGAUGGAAAAUUAAAAUUGUUUUACGUCAAUAAAAAUAAUACUUAAGUGUAGAAAACACUUUUGUUUUAGCGAAGAAAAGUGUAAUUAUAUAAUGACCUGUUUUAUGCAUCAAUUGUCAAAAGUACUUUUCGUUAAAAUUAAAAAUUCAACAAAAUUUUAUCAAAAAAUUAAGUGCUUAAUACAGAAACUGAAAAUUAGAUAAUUUUUCGGAUCGCAUUAAAUUUUUAUUAAACAUAAUUAUAGAUGGAAAUUAAAUGAAAAUAAUUAUUUUUGAGCGCGUGUAUAUAAAAAAAACUAAAAAACUAAAAUUCUUAUCAACUCUAUUUCUUCCAAUAGUUUUUCAACUUUCAACUUUCUUUUUGAAAACGGCAUCUCUGUCUCAGGUUUCGAGAAUCCUCGAGAAACGUUUCAAAGUUUCGAGUAUCCCAUUCUUAGUAUAUACAACCUCCCCCUCUAGAGUAUAAAAUGAAAACGAAGAAAACAGAAUGUUUUCUUAUAUAUAAGUAAAAUCUUGCAGUAAUCCGUUUCGGACAAUGUUGGUAUGUCAUCGAUUGAGAUUACUAAUGAAGUGUAAAUUCGUAGUACCAUUUUUGUGCGGUCUUGCGCUGUUACGUUUACGCGGAAUGGGUAUCUAGUCCAAAAGGAACGCAUAUUACUUCGUAUUUUGUACUUUAGACGUAAUAUAAAGGUUCCAAUAAAAGAAUCGUAUUUCUACGGA